AUGGCGAAACAGAUAGGAGGUACCGUGUCAAGAUCCGAAGAUUUCUCAGACUACGACGGACGCUACCUGGUUGACCAGAAGCACCGAUUGUUUUGGGAACUGGUGCAGCGGAUCUUGGAGCUUAAUGAUGUGGUGCUGAUGAUUCGUUUGCUACUCGACUUUUUAUUGGAUGAUCUUGGUGCCGCAGCGGCUGCUGUCUUUCUCGUCGAUCAGAACUCGCAAAAUAUGUCUCGGAUCACGCGUGGGGCACCGACGCAAUCAGGAAUGGCUCCUUCACGAGGUUUAGUUGGUCAGGCAUUGAAAUCGCGGGUAGCACGAUCUCUAGCGGAUUUUAGUCUAGAAGAAGGCUAUGAUCCUCAAAUUGAUUUAGCUCAGGAAUUUUCUGGACAGAAACUGUUUAGUGUACCGUUGGUGGAACAUGAUUCGGUUUAUGCAAUAAUUGAAGCCACGAAUGUGUACCCGACGCAGCGUCCAAUGGAAGAUCUCUAUUUAAAGCUGCUGACAUGGCUCGGACCAAUUUUGAGUUCUUGCAUGAGAAAAUGCAUCGAAUAUCAUGACGUGCUGCUGUCCGAGCGGACGCAGAAGGCAUUUCUUCACAUUAUAAGUUCGUCGGAUACCAAGGAUACAGUGCUGAAUCUCGUAGACGGUGUCAUUGACGGAGCUUGUCAUAUAACCAAUGCAGAGCGUGUGACAUUAUUCAUGAUUGACUGGGAGACGGACGAGCUGUGGUCCUUAUCGUCAAGUUAUAAUGACGAGACCCUUCGUGUUCCUCUUCAAGCGAGCAUGUUGGGCCUUGCAGCCACAACGCAGCAGACGCUCAAUGUUCGAAAUCCGAAAUUUGAUCGUCGAUACAACUGGAGGAUUGAUGAGCGUCGAGGUAUUCACACGCGAUGCGUGUUGUAUGUUCCUGUGGGCAUUCAAGAAUCAUCACAGUCGAUAGAGAAGUUAAGUAAUCGACCCAUUGCGGUGCUGGAAAUUAUCAACAAGGUAGAGGAACGAGUGUCUGCAGGGGCAUCUACAUCUUGCUGUCAAGGAUUCACAUUUGACGACGAAUGUGCACUUGAAGCGUUUGCCUGUGAAGUUGCAGUCAUUUUACGUCGACGUUGUAGCGAAAUCGAGUAUAUCAAGUUAUUGGCCGACACACGAGCAGAGCAGGUGCUGGCGAAGCGUGCUCGUAGUCAGGUUAAUUUGCUCGAGUGUUACACGAGCUAUGCAUCGGCAACUCGUGCACAUCCGGAAGCUUGUCUUCGAAAUGCGUUCGUGCCAAGUGAUCGGCAUGUAGCGGGCUGUCUCGAGUGCGCAGCUACAGCCGAACGAGAGAAAAUGCCAGCUGAGACUGCUUCCGGAAAUUCCAUUGUUGACCCAAAUGAUCACACUGAAACAAUCAAGCAAUGUGUGGACAACAUCAUUGGAAGCAAAAACGUCAAUUCGGGGCGAUUGGGUUAUGAAUUUGUAGGCAGUGACGCAAAUAUUCCUUCUAGACUAUCGUUUAGUGCCCCACCGGGAUCGCGGUUUCCGUCUUUGGAUUUUAAUGUAUUUUCCAUGAACCCAGCUGCUCUUCCAAAGCUUUUAGAAGAGAUGUACCUGGAUUUUAAGGUGGACGAAGUGCUAAAGACGACCAAGCACCGUCUGCAAAAUUUUAUUGUGGCGAUGAAAGAACACUACCAUCCAAACCCGUUCCACAAUUUCUUGCACGCCUUCUCUGUUGUCCAUGCAUCGUAUCUUCUCCUCAGCACAACAGAUGCAGGUCAGCUACUGCAGCCAAUAGAUAUUGCUGCCUGCCUUGUUGCGUCGCUUGGUCAUGACGUCGAUCACCCAGGCCAUACGAAUGACUUUGAAGUUAAGUCGGGUUCUCAAUUAGCAAUGCUUUACAGCGACGAAUCCGUGCUUGAGCACCACCAUGCGUACACGACUUUUCGCUUAAUCUCAAAGGAAAAAAACGCUAACAUUUUGCAGGAUUUGUCCCCUGUUGAUUAUAGCUACGUUCGUAAAGUGAUUAUCACGGCGAUAUUGGGGACGGAUAUGGCAAAUCACUUUAAAUUCUUAGAGUCGCUUGAAAAACUGCUUCGACCUACAAGUCACCUAGUCGACACGAUGACAAUUUCAUCAGCAAAGCGCGAUAUCGCGAGUGUCUCCGCAAUUAUUAGAGCAGGUAGCGAAGUUGAUGAAGAGAAGCAAGGACCAGUGAUUUUGAAUGUGUUGCGCGAUGCCGUCAUGCUGCCGGAAGGAGCUGUGGCGAUUACACCUUCUGGAAGUACGAUGAAUUCUAUAAUAAAUACUUACCACUCGACUACAGGUUCUAAGCAUUGCCCUGGUCGCGCGACAUCUGGGCGAUUGACGACGGGCGGCUGGGUGUUCAAUGGAACGGUGGACGAGCGACUGUUUUUAGUCAAGACAAUUGUGCAUGCUAGCGAUUUGUCAGGCCAGGUGUUUCCAAAGCCCGUUGCUUUAAAGUGGAGUAAUAUGAUCUCAAAAGAAUUCGCUUACCAGGCUUUGAUGGAGCAGACUGAAAAUAUUCCUAUCUCAUAUAGAAAUAUUGACGACCCCUUAAAGAUGGUUGAAGGCCAACUUUUUUUUGCACAAAAGAUCGUGUCACCUUUCUGGGAUCUCAUGUUUAUCAUGUUUCCUGACCUGAAAAAGUGUAUGUCGAACUUAAGAACGAAUGUCGCGCAUUAUGAGCAAGAACUACAACGUUUAAAAGACGCGCGUUCUGAAGAGGGCCAAAGUGAAGAUCGCUUGCACUAUAAGCGCAACAAAAUACAACGACAAUUUGAUCAUGGGAGUGAAGAUGAGCAGCUAAAUAAUAGACUUCGUCGUGAUUCAAUGUGUGGAUGUGUUGACGAAGGUGUGGCGGUCCCUGGGCUUGCUAAACAUAAUCCAGCCAAAUUUAAUUCGUUUCGCACCAUCCACGAGGCUGAUGACAAUAGUAGUAGCGAUUUUGAGGAAGUACUAUCUAAUGGCGAGCCUUGUGUGCGAGCUAGCGCGGUUGCAGCAGCGGAAAAGUCUGGUCAGGCUAAGCGUCUUAGGUCUUGCAGCAUCGGCAGUAGUGACAGCAGUGACUUGGAAAUUGACGAGCAAUCGCUCGUCGUGUACGAAUAA